AUGCCCCAAAAACAAUGGGAAUUUUUUCGAAUUUUAGCAAUUUCUUCGUGUAUUGCUUCAUUAGCUAGUGUAAUAUUAUUAGCUGUUUGUAUUCCUUUAAUUUAUAUACAAAUUGAUGAAGAAAAUGAAUUUAUUGUGUUAAAAGCUAAACAAUUUAGAGAAAAUUCAGAAAGAAUAUGGACUAAUACUAAUUAUCAGAAUUUGGAGAGAAAUAGUGGAGAAAAUGAGAGAAAGAAACGAGCAGUGUUAAAUGUAGGAGGAAUAUGUUCAGGAUGUAAAUCGUUGACAUGCCCACCCGGACCGAUAGGUCUUCCAGGCCCAGCAGGAGAAGACAACCCUCCAGGAGAGCCAGGAAUGCCUGGCGAACCAGGAAUUGAUGGAUAUGAUAUUGAACUUGGGCCUGAACAAGAACAGAGCUGCGCAAUCUGUCCAGCUGGACCGCCUGGGAUGAGAGGAAGUCAAGGCGAAAGAGGACAGACAGGAAUUGUUGGAUUGGUAGGGGAAAGUGGGACAGAUGCUGAGGCAGGGAAAGAAGGCCCUAGAGGAGAUGCAGGCCCUCCAGGCAAACAAGGACCAAAAGGAAAGAAUGGAUAUCCUGGAAGUAUUGGAGAUAACGUUAUAGCAGGAAUAGGACAGAAAGGACCAAAAGGUCCUCCUGGCCCUGCUGGUUCAAUGGGAAUGGUUGGAAUGGCAGGAAAAUCGAACAUGCGACAAGGCUUUCCAGGCGUAGCAGGAAGUGUAGGGCAACAAGGGCCGCAGGGGCAAAGUGGUGCUGAAGGAGCACAAGGAUUAAUGGGACUUGUGGGAGAGCCGGGAAUGCCUUCAAUGUAUUGUCCAACAGAUUGUGGUGUUUCACACAUAAAAGUACCAGAAUUUGAAAAAACUGUUGGAUAUAAUACAAAAGAAGAAAUAAAUAAAAAUAAUAUUAAAAAGAAGACAACAAAAAAGAGAAAUAAUAAUAAAGUUUUGGGGACUAACAAUUACAAAAUUGAAAAAAAUGUGGGAAGAAAACGAGUUAAGAUAGUUGAAGAAAGACAUCCUAAUGGGGGAUAUAAUGCUCAACGUGUUUAA